AAAGAGUUGGGAGUUGUAAAUAGAGAGGAUAACACGUGACGAAAGCAAUCUUCUUAUCCCUUCUCCAACUAAACCAUCUUACGUUAUUUCAUUUUUGUUAGGUGCUCUCUCUACUAGUCAAUCAAAUAACCAGACAAAAUUAAAACUAAAAUUAAAAUUGCGAUCUACCAAAAAAGAGAGAAAGAGAAUGUUGCAGCUGUUUUUCACGAUAGCGUUCUCGGCGGCGCCGUUAACGCUGUACAUACCGCCGAUAAGAUGUUUGACGAUGUUCGUGGAGACGAUGGAGGAGAUGGGGAUGGAAGGUAGGGUUUAUAGCCGGAGAGUCUUCCCUCGCGCCAGGAUUGCUUGGUCUCGCCUUCUCGAUUGCUUCUUCUCCUCUUCCCCCCGCCGUCCUUAA